CGGUAAAAUUUUAGGGUUCCCUCCUUUCAAUUCCAAAUAUUGGCAAUUUUAAUACUUGGUAUUUUUUCAAAGCUUGGAAAAAACUUUUGGCCGUGUUUGAGGCGAAUCUAUUCCUCUAAUUUAGAUCUUUACUAAUUUUAAAAUAAUCCGAACUAAUUAUACAGAGAUUACUGCUGAUUGUUACAGAGAUUUGUGCGUUGGAACGAAAUUUAGAGUUGUUGAAGUACUUAUAUUGCGUUCACACAUUGUGUAAUUUCAUAUGAAUCUCCUUCGCACAUUCUACUUAUAGUAUCAGUUAACAGUUUUUCAUCGAUUUGCAAUUUGAAGAAGACAGGGAAAGGAAGAGAGCGCUAUUGGAAGAACAUUCACAUAGUGUUCAAGACUUUUUUGAGGUGUUUGCAGGAUUCAUAGUUUUUGAGAAGCAUCGUUGAAAUGGCAAGAAAAAGACAGAGAAAUUCUAGUCAAGACGGGCUUUUAUCUAAUUCCUCGGAGCAACAAGGACAACAAGUGGAAAGUGGGGCAAUGCCUCAACCACCUCAAAAUUGGCCACGAAAUGAAAGACAACCUAUCCAAUCUGAUUAUAGUGAGAGUGAAGAACAAUCUAAGCGGCCUAGGGGUCCCACUAUGAUGCACUCAGGAUGGGGAAAAGACGGUGACAAUUUACAUGUUGAAUUGAAUGAUCGUGGACAAGUUAUUGGUCCAGAAGCAGCUAGAUUACAUUCAAAACUUGGUGUGAUAGCACGAAAUGGCAUUUUAGCGCCAUUGAAUCAUAGAUAUUGGAGGCUUGUUCCUGAUAUGUACAAGGAUAUAAUAUGGAGUGAUAUUAAGGAAAAUACUGAUGCAACUGAUGAUAUGAGACGCAUUUUGAUGAUGUCAGUUGGAUCUAAAUGGAAAGAGUGGAAGCAUGAAGCAAAAAGUAAUGGCUAUGACCCGUAUAAUACUGAUAUUGAGCGCUUAGCUCAUCGUCCAAAGAGGGUUGCAGAAGAUCAGUGGCGUUCAUUAGUUCAUUAUUGGAGUUCAAAAGAAGCAAAGGAAAAGAGCGAGAGAAACAAAGAAAGUCGAAAAAAGUUAACUAUGACACACACAUCAGGAAGAAAAAGUCUUGCUCAAAUUAUAGAUGAUAUGACAAAAGAGAAUACUGGUGUAAAGCCAACUCGUAUUGAGGUGUGGAAAAAAACUCACACUAGAGAGAAUAAACAACCAGUAAAUGACAUAGCCGGUGAAGUUAUGAAACAAAUGGAUGAUCUUGCUGAGGUGUAUCCCGAGUUAAAUGUCCCUGGAAGUGCUCGCAAUGAUAUAUAUUCACAAGUAAUGGGACCAGACACUCAUGGGAUUGUUAGAACUCUAGGAAAAGGAGCAGCUCCAAGUUUAGUUUAUGGCCCAGUAUAUAAACGAUCGCAGUUGGAGCAACGAGAUUUUGAUGCAAGGGUUGAGAUAGAAGUUCAAAAAGCUACCGUAGCAAUCCAAAUUGAUAUGGAUAAAAAGUUGGCUGAAGCAAAACAAAAUAUGGAAGCAAAAAUGGAUGAAAGAAUGGAUGAAAAGGUGAAGGAAAAAGUGAAGGCUGAGAUGCAAGCAUACGUACAGAGUAUCGGUUUUAUGAAUGGCUCAAACAGUAAAUCAAUCAGUUAUGAAGAGGCAAACAAUUUUGUGCUCGCUUUCCCAUAACUCAGUUGAAGACCGCCAACAAUCAUUAUCUCCUGUAUCAGUUGUUCCAACAAAAAAGGUUAACUUAAUCAAGAACACCACAAAUAAUGGAGUUGACACACAAAAAAAGAAGUGGCACUUUUGAAGAGUGUGUGAUACCAAUUAUUGGCAAGUGAUGCUCGAAUUGUGGAAAGAUGAAUUCCAUUUGUCUUGUUGCAGAAUUUAUUCUAGAAGUUUAGGGAAUUAAAGAGAAAGUUUGGCGUAGUUUCAUGUUGAAAUCACUUUAGCUUUUAUGUUUUAGUUAGAAUUUGUUUUAUUUGAGAUAGAACAACAAGUCCUUUGAUUUGACAGCGUCUAACUUGCAAUGAGACCUUUCUUUGCUAUGUCCUUUGAAAUACAAUUGAUUGACUUUUACU